UGUGCCAUCUGUCAAGAACGGAGCUGCAGGAGAGGCCUCAAAGGAUGCUGAACAACGAUCUGGCAAACUGAAACAUGACUGAUCGAGAUGAGCCCCAGGCUUCUGGCUCUGAUUACCGUGGUGCCCAAGAGCUGAUAUAUGGCCAUCAGGAGCCAUCUAAGGAGUAUGCAUGGCAGACAGAUAGAAGAAAGGAGUGUUCACAGUCAAGGCAGAAGAAUGCUGCUCCUGGGGAAUCAUCAUCAGAUCGUCUUAACAGUAUCUGUGAAUCAUCAGCUGCUUCAGCUGAGGUUUUACUUAUCAGCAGCGAUUCUGAAAUUGAUGUCUCUGUUGCUCAUGGCAGUGAGUGCCGUCCUGAGUGCUCGAUUGCACCGUCAAAGCAAAAAAGGUGUCAGUCUUCGAGGCAACAAGCUGAAUCUGUUGUAGAAGUGCCUGACAAUGAAAGCUCAUCAGAUUCUUCGCUAUCUCCCCAAAGUCCAGUGAAAUCAUCAGAAGUUUCCAAGCAGCAGAAAUCAAAACUCAGUUUGAAAGCCAUUUUUGCCUAUCACUUCAGGGGAAGGAAGUUUAAAGCAGCUGCACACCGAAAAUUCAAAGCUGGCUCAGGCAAAAAAAGGAAGAAGAAAAGGGAUGAGGGCACAAGGAUGCCCACAGGGAGGCCACCACUGACAGCCUCACCUCAGGAGCAAAAGAGGAGGCUGCUGGACAGAGGUUUUCAGUUCCCUUUUGUCGAAAAACAUUAUGGGGUGAAACAUAUUCCAUUAAAGAUGGUUCUUGGCUAUGAGCAAGCAGCUGCAAAGGGAUAUUUCAAGUACAUUGAAGUGCUUAAAUACGAAGAACAUCUUAAAAAAGCUUUAAAAACCCUUCAGGCUAGUGAAGACUUAGAAAAAGAAUGUGUGGUGGUACGGAAACACAAAUACCUAGAUGACGAAGGCCCCAUUUCCCCUAUUCGGGAGACAAAUGAUGAUGAAGAUGGCUUGAAUUCUCAUAAUCAAGAGCAGUAUGAUGCCAGAGUAGUGGAGAACAGCUCUUUCAUUUUAAGCAGCACAAUUCCCAGUAAGAAAAAAUCAAAGCCAGAAACAAAACGUGCAAAAUCAACUGAAGUGAUUGAAAUAGAGGAUGACGAAGACAGUGCUGGGGAGAACUCUGUGCCUGUGCAAGGUUCACCUCUGUGAACAGCAGAUGGACAAAUGAGGUGUCAUUGGUCAUUUUUCAUGGCCUGCUUCCUUUAAAGCAUUGGUCUGAAGUCAAUGUUAAGCUAUCCACCAAGCUACCCAGUCACAUCUGGUGUCCUGUGAGUAUAUUGGCCUUGUGUCUAAGACAGUUACAAAGCAAGUAUAAUCUGUUGUUUUGUUAAGCUUUUAAGUAUGUUCUGUGCUGUUCUCUAUCAGGACUAUAACGUCCUUGGUUCAGUAGCUGAUAAUCUUGCUGAAGUUCUGGCUUCUGCAGCUUGAACUCUGUUAACCAGUGGAUCAUGGAAUUUAUGUAAUUAAUUGGGCAGCCAAGUUCCAAAUAUUGUAACGUAGCAGCAGCACAGUAUAGAAUAGUAUGCAUUUGGAUGCAUACACCUAUAUGCUCAAGUUAAAAGGGCAGUUUAAAUGCCUUUCUUGAGUUUUCAUAGCUGACUUGCUUGUGAGUGGUCUGUGUCUUAGAGGUGCAGGUUUGAAAUACUUACAGAGUUAAGAGGUUGAAGACAGAAUUGAAGCUUUAUGCAAACAAGUGCCAACAACAAAAACGCAGAAGUGAUUGGCCAACUUCAACAGAAGUCUGUUGAAAAAUAUGGUUAAUGUAUUCAAAUGAUGAUAUCGAUUUUGUAUGAUUAAGGUUGUCUAUUCCAUGUGGAAUAACUUUUUAGAAAACUGUUUCUCUGCUCCUGAAUCUAAUACAAUAAUCUGAAGUUGUAAGUUAUCUUUAAGAUAAUUGUAGCAGCAUAGUGAAUCUUGGGUUAAAAACUCUUUUUCCCCUCUUGCCCUCUGCUGCCCAGAAUGGGUUCUGAUGUGAACAUGACUUAGCUUCAGAAGAUAAAAGCUUUUCAUAAUUAUAGUUCUUAACAGGCAUUGCCCCAGCUGAAAAUAACUUUCUUGAAGGUGUUUUAGUCAGUAGGAAACCUGACCAGUAAGCACUGAGAAAUGGUUUGAAUACAGCCAAGUCCUACUGUGUGUUGUAGUAGCUGAAAAUAUAUAAAAAAAAGUUUAAAAAAUUUCCUUGUCAAUGAACAAGAUUUAGAGGUCAAACAGUCAUCUGCCUGCCUCAGAUGUUCUUAACCAAAUUGCUGUCAGCAAGCUAUAGCUGUUCAGCAGGUAGAAGUAGUCUGUUCUGAACAUGGAUGUUGCCCAGGAAAGGUUUUAUCUACUGGUUUAAUGGCAGUCUGAGGAGAUUGGCAGUAGGUGCUCAGUACUGAGAGCAAGUCAAGCUGUAUUAUUUACGAGCUUGAACUAAGGUCCCAAACCUUUGUAAAGGAGGUUUCCCAAUUACAACUUGGUAGGUCUAGGACUGCAAAAUUACUCUUCAGUAUUUGAAGAUCACAUUUCAUAUUAGUCCAAAAUUAAUGGCCACCUCUUUUAGGCAUCCACUUGAGAAAUACUCAAUGGGUUGAAAGACUCAUCCUGGAUCUAGGAGUGGGGUUCUUGCUUGGUAAGGCAUAGUGAAGGGGGUAUGUAGAGUCCUGCUCAUUCUGCAGUUCAUGUGAUGAAUUUUGUUGUUCAACUGCUGAGUGACUCAGAAAUGAACUAAAUUUCAAUUCUGAUUAGAACUGGAUAAGUACACAUGCAAAUCAAGCUUAUUACAACUGUUACAUUGAUUGCUGAAACCUAGCUUUGAGUUUACCUAACCGUAUAUGACAGUUCUUAUUACUUUGCUUUUUCUUCCAGUUUAUGUCACUUUUGACAUUUGACAUUUUUGAAGAUAAAAUACUACUCAGUUUUCGUGCUGCACAAGGUGAGAACACCAAUGCUACAGCAGUGAACAGAUUUAAUUUUUUGGGAAGCAUGUAUUAUGGCUGUUUGCUGGCCCACUGAUUCACAAAUCUGUCAGUUCAGUGGAUUUCUGUACAACAUGGUAGUGAGUGAAAGAGGUAAGCUUUGAGUUUCAUUUGAGCUUCAGCAUAAGAGUCUUGGAUUUUUUCAGACAUGCUGUUUCCACAGCAAGUUAAUCGGACUAAUUUGUGCACUGUAUGGUAUCUGCACCCAGCAGUGUCUUCCUGAUGGGGUGUUCAAAAAGCAGUGCUACAGUAGUUCAACAGCUGGCAUCGUUGGUUUUCAUGCAGAUGUGCUUGUUAAGCUUGGUAUUUCUGUUGAAACAAGUAGA